AUGCAGAAGAAGGAGGAACACCUGAAGCGGAUCCAAAAAGUCAAACCAUUGACAACGGAAAACCUGGGAAAACACGACAAGGGCGGAAACUCUGGGGCACACCGAGCAAACCGGCGUCAAGAAGACGUCCAGCCGCUCCUCGUCGGGGUCCAGCACUACCAGUUCCGGCAGUGGCAAGGUGACGUGGCCGAUACGAAAGGUGAUGGAAACGACGAGAAGUCGGUCAAGCCGGGAAAAGCUGAGGAUUCUGGGGAGAAGCCAGACGGGCUGGGGCAGCACGGUUCGGGUCCAACGAAGGCCCAGCGAGCUGCAAGACAAGGGCUGACAAGGAAGCUGCCAGACUUCCACGGCAAGCCAGAAGAGUGGCCAUUGUUCUUCGCGGCCUACCAAGCGUCGAACGAAGCCUGCGGGUACACGGACGUGGAGAAUCUCGUGCGCCUACAAGACUGCCUGAAAGGCAGAGCGCUCGAGGAGGUGCGUGGCCAGCUCAUUCUGCCGAAGUCGGUUCCGCGGGUGAUCGCCAAGCUUCGCCAGAUCUAUGGUCGCCCGGAAGUGUUGCUGCAAAGCCACCUGCAACGAGUGCGCAAGCUGGAGCCGCCGAGAGCGGACAAGUUGGGAUCGUUCAUCCCGUUCGGCAAUGCAGUGGAACAAUUGUGCGAGCACAUCGAGGCUGCUGAACUAACGGCGCAUCUGGUCAAUCCGAUCUUGAUCCAGGAACUCGUCGACAAGCUUCCGGACGGGGAGAAGAGGAGUUGGGUGCACUACAAGCGCAAGAAGCGCGAAGUAAAUCUGCGCACGCUCACCAACUUUCUCUCAAAGAUCGUCGAGGAUGCGUGCGAGGCGACGGUCAACCUGGACUACAAGCCGGACGUCAGAGCGGCGUCGGGACCGAGCGGCCGAAGCCGAAACAAGGAAAAAGCCGCACUGUUCAACCACAGUGUAGCCGAGGAAUGCACUGAGCGACGAGAGCAGAAGCCACAUAAGCUGUGCAGGGUGUGCCAGCGCAUGGAUCACCGACUGUGGACAUGCGAGGACUUCAAGAAGCUGCCAUACGAGGAUCGAGCGAAGAUGGCGACGAAGUGGAAGCUAUGCCAACGCUGCCUGAAUGAACACGGCGGUCAAUGCAAGCUCAAACUUCGCUGCAACGUCGGAGAGUGCCGCGAGCCACACAAUUCUUUGCUUCACCCGGAGACGAGGGCAGUCGGCAUGAACGCACACAUUACCUCCACCAGUCCUGUUCUGUUCCGGAUGCUUCCGGUCAAAAUCUACUGCGGUGAGAGAUCGAUGACCGUACUCGCGUUCCUCGACGAGGGUUCCUCCCUCACGCUGAUCGAAGGUGGUCUAGCUGACCGUUUGGGACUGUUGGGGACGAAGGAGAAGCUCACCAUCAAGUGGACAGCCAACAUAACGCGAGUUGAACAGCAUUCGAGGCGGACGAACAUUUGGGCGUCAGCGAUCAACGGAGCGAAUGGCGAGAAGCUGCUGCUGCAAUCUGUCCGCACGGUGGAGAAGCUGAUGUUGCCACGUCAAACCUUGAACGCUGACGAAAUUUCGGCGCACUAUAAACACUUGCGCGGGCUUCCAGUGGAUUCGUACGAUGGCCGGCCGGGAAUGCUGAUCGGGUUGAAUAAUAUUCACUCGUUCGCACCGCAGGAAACGAAGGUCGGCACGAUUGCCGAUCCGGUGGCAGUCCAGUGCAAGCUUGGCUGGACGGUAUACGGACCUCGGGAUGCAGAGUCGGCGAGCGCGAGCUGUUUCCUCGGAUGCCACCAAGAAGUGACGAAUGAGGAGCUGCACGAUCUACUCAAAAGCCACUAUUCGCUUGAAGAAGCGGUGGUGACUGUGCAGCGGGAGUCGGUUGAGGACCAACGUGCGAGGAAGAUUAUGGAGGAAACUACACGUCGCGUGGGUGACCGCUUCGAGACCGGACUGCUGUGGAAAACCGACGGUGUCAAGUUCCCGAACAGCUACCCGAUGGCUGUAAAGCGGAUGAAGCAGCUGGAGAAGAAACUUGAGCGUUCGCAAGAGCUGUACGACAACGUCAAGAAGCAGAUUGAAGACUACCAGGCCAAGGGAUACGCGCACGAAGCCACCGCGGAGGAACUGAACGGAACAAACAACAACAAAGCGUUCUACCUGCCGCUCAACGUGGUGGUGAACCCGAAGAAUCCGGGAAAAGUUCGACUGGUCUGGGAUGCGGCCGCGACGGUAGAUGGAGUCUCUCUCAACUCGAUGCUGGUGAAGGGGCCAGAUCUGCUCGUGCCACUGGUGUCGGUGAUCUGUGGGUUCCGCGAACGACGGGUUGCUUUCGGCGGGGACAUCCGCGAGAUGUACCACCAGCUGAAGAUUAUCUCCGGGGACAAACAAGCACAACGCUUCCUCUUCCGGGACAACAUUAACGAAGAGCCGAAAGUGUACGUGAUGGACGUCGCUACAUUCGGGUCGAAGAGUUCGCCGGCGUCGGCGCAGUACGUCAAGAACCGCAAUGCGGAAGAGCAUGCCGGUCAGUACCCGGACGCCGUGGCAGCGAUCAUCAAUCGGCACUAUGUCGAUGACUAUUUUGACAGCGUUGACACCGUCGAGGAAGCUGUCAAGCGAGCGAAGCAGAUCCGCAACUGGGUGUCCAACUCGCCGGAAGUGCUGACUGCUCUGGGCGAAGAGAAGCCGAUGAGUCCUGUGCUGCUGAACCAGGACAAGCAAACACCCAGCGAGCGCGUACUCGGCGUGCGGUGGGACCCGGAGCUGGACGAAUUCGCCUUCGCCGUGAUGCACCGCGAAGAACUGAUGAACUGCGUGAUGGGAUUUUUCGAUCCGCUCGGCCUGCUGUCGCCGUUCACAAUCCACGGGAAGAUCAUCAUCCAACAUUUGUGGCGGACCGGCUGCAGAUGGGACCAAGACAUUGACGACGAAGCCUGGAUUCUGUGGAAGCGGUGGACGGCACUGCUGCCGGAAGUCGAAGCGCUUCGGUUCCCACGGAGCUACUUCGGCGAUGCGAUGUCCACGUCGGUCGAGAGUCUCGAGCUGCACAUCUUCAGCGACGCGAGCGAGCUGGCCUAUGGUUGUGCGGCGUAUCUACGCGCGGUCAUCGACGGCCAAGUUCACUGCAGUCUCGUCAUGGCGCGAUCGAAGGUAGCACCGCUGAAACGACAAUCAAUUCCACGACUGGAGUUGAUGGCGGCGUGCAUGGGAGCGCGCAUGAGCCAGCAGAUCCUUGGAACUCACACGCUGCAGAUCGACCGUACCGUUUUCUGGACCGACUCGAGGACCGUCCUUGCGUGGCUGCACGCAGAUCCCUACAAGUACAAGCAGUUCGUCGCAUUUCGAGUCGGGGAGAUUCUGGAGCUGACGAGACUGGACGAUUGGAGAUGGGUGCCUUCCAAGAAGAACAUCGCGGACGUUCUCACGAAGUGGGGACCUGGACCGCCACUGCAGAACGAUUCGGAAUGGCGGAACGGUCCGGCGAUACUGUUCGAGCAGGAUGACCACGACUCACCGCCUGAGCAGAUCGAGGAGACGAACGAAGACGCACGAGGCGUGGUACUGUUCCACGGGACAGUCAACGUAGAAGCGGUCUCGACGUGGACAAAGCUGGUGAGGGUGACGGCAACGGCGGUACGCUUCAUCGAAAAUUGUCGUCGCAAAAAAAGACGGCCGUCCAGUACUGACUGCAAAGGCCACGAGUCGCCUAGCCAAGCGGGUCAAAGCGCAGCACGAGACGGAUGUCCAACCGCUGCAACAAAACGAGCUGCAGAGGGCCGAGAGGAUUCUGUGGAAGCAAGCGCAGUUCGAGAGCUUCCCCCGACGAGAUGA